AUGGACCAGAAACUCGCCCAGGUCGCCGCACUCUAUCAGAAGGACAAGGGCGCCGCCUACCAAGCACUCGUGAACGAUGUCUUUGCUACGACCAGUCAGCCAACGUUCUCUCGAGAUCUGCACGCUCUCGUGGAAUCGGUCGUCAAUCAAGAUAGCGUGGUUGUCGGCCGCCAGGUGCUCUCCGAGAUCGUGAAGAAGUUCAAGGACAUCUCGGACAGCGACCUACGGAAAAAGGUCGUCCAGAUUACCCUCGACGUCGUACAGCCGCGGCUAGUGAGCUACGAAGAGCAGGCGAGUUUGAUCGCGUCCGUGAACGCCCUGCGAUAUCAGUUGGCAGAAAUCCUGGAAUCGGAGGAGGAAUGGAGUGAAGCCGCACGAGUGCUCAUGGGCAUUUCGCUUGAUUCUGCCAACAGGACAGGCAACGACGAAGAGAAAUUCAAGCUCUACGUCUACAUCAUCCGCCUCCUCCUCGAAGACGAAGACUCCGUCCAAGCCGAGACGUACUAUAACCGCGCCGCGCUCCUUGUCGGCUCAUGCCAGGACAAGGCGACCCUCCUCUCCUUCAAGCUCUGCCAGGCCCGCAUCAUGGACUAUAGCCGGCGUUUCCUCGAAGCUGCCGCACGUUACCACGACCUCUCCUGGACAGGCGAGAUUGACGAGGACGAACGCCAGUUCAUGCUCUCCGCCGCCGUCACCUGCGCCGUCCUCGCCCCCGCCGGCCCAAACCGCUCCCGACUCCUCGCUUCCCUCUGCCGCGACGAGCGCACGUCCGAGCUCCCAACGCACAACAUCCUCUCCAAGAUGUUUCUCGACCACAUUCUCCGCCCGGCCGAAGUCAAGGAGUUCGAGAAGACACUCAAGCCCCACCAGCUCGCGAAGAUCUCGCUCUCGGUCAACGAGCGGCUCGCAGCCGCGGUCGAGGCUGAUGAUGACAACGACGAUGACAAAGAGCCCAACGUGAGCACGCGAAGGGGCCCGUCGACCGUGCUGGACCGCGCCGUGCUCGAGCACAACCUGCUCGCGAGCUCGAAAAUCUACAAGAACAUCACCUUCCGCGGCCUAGGUGCGCUGCUCGACCUCACCCCUGGUGCGGCCGAGACGAUGGCGCGCAAGAUGAUCGAGCAAGGACGUCUUAAGGCCUCGAUCGACCAGGUUGACAAGCUCAUAUGGUUCGAGAGCGAGCGCGAGGAAGACAAUGCCCAGGGCAAGGCCGGCGGCCUCGGCGAUGUCGAGCAAGAGGAGGAAGAUACCGGCGCCCCGUUCACCAAGCAAUGGGAUAUGCAGAUCCGCAUGACGGCCGCCAACGUCGAGUCCAUCGUGCAGCACCUCACCGAAAAGAGGGCUGCACGGCUAGCAGCGGCAUCUCAAGCCUGA